GACACUGUUUCACUUUCUUCCCUGCUCAAGAUUGCAGAGCAGACAUCUGAGACCAGACUGGUUUUUGUUCCUUUGUGAGGUACCUGGUUUUUCUGCUGAGCUGUAAGUAGGAUCUUUUUUUCUUUGCCCGUGUACUUCUAAAGUAUCACCAGGAUGAGGAGAAUGGGGCUUAGAAAGGCAAAGAAAAAUUUCACCUCGUUGGGGGUAUGCUGAUAAACGGGGUCUCCAAAAUGAACAAACGAAUGAAUGGUUUUGAAACAAUGGUAAUUUGCAGCAUCUGACCUCUCUGUGAUCUAAGUAUUCUCAUCAUGGUUGAUUUCAAGCUACAGUGUUGCCUCGGCCAGCUCAAAAAAAUCCACAAAUUUGAUGGGCUCUCUUAAGUUGGUGCAAGUCAACUCUAGGACACCACCGCCAAGUCGCAGAGCUAGCGCCUGACAUCUGUUCCUGGGCCAUCCUUGACACCAGGGCACUGCCUCCCCGCCGCCAAACCCAGCCCCAGCCAAGAACAUAUGCUCCUUGGUCUCAGUUUUGUGGGCUCUGAUUUACUACUUGAGAGGUGACCUCACUAACCUGCCAGUCCUGACAUCACAUCUACCCGCCUACCUACUUUGAAGAAGGCUAAACACAAAAUCUAUUUGAAUGCACAGCUAAUGAAUGUGCUACCCUGCUCCCCUCACCUGAGGCCACUGUGGCAAGUAGAAGCAAGGGGUCCUAGGAAAAAAAAAGAGAAAUAAUACACAGCAAGGAAAGUAAAAUUGGGCAGAUCAGCCUCACGUCCUCAUCAGAAUACCCUCCUUCCAGAGCCAAACAUGGAGCUUUUGGUUUUGUUCCAGAACUUUCUGCCUCUCAUCCAGACUUGAAGUGCACUAUUAAGGAAGUCUUUUGAAGUGGGAGUGGCUCUACAAAGAAAGGAAUUCUAGUGCCUGAAGAUGGUGAUUCAGUACAGAUAUGACUAUAUGGCAGCCUAUGAAGGGAGAACACUGGGGAGCCUGGUAGACCAGGAAGGAGAGGUGGCCGUACAGGAGGCCUAUGGCUUAGGGCCAACGCAGGGCCCUGUCACUGGGCAGCCCAUGCAGCUCACCGGAUCGGCCAUCUCAGCAAUGGACUCUUUUGAGAACUAUGAGACUACAGUGCUUCCUCAGGCUUCUUUCCAGUUCCAAGGACUCGAAGAGUUUUUCACAAUCUCCCCAGAUGACUCAAUCACAGAUAUAUAUGACCUUGACUUUUUGUUCUCAGAUGUCGGUGAGGACAACCAUCAAGACCGUACCCCAAAACCGGUCUCAAGCUACAGUCCCUCCGAGCUCAGCUGUCCAAGCUCGAUGCAAGAGGAACCGAUGUCCACACCGACCAACCCUUGCCAGAUGACAGAAGAGAAGAGGACCGAGGCAGAGGAGGGACUGUGCAACAAAUGGAGAAGAAUCAGGAAGCUGUGCGUGGAGAAAAGAGUGCCGGUUCGGAAAACACCGCAGAUCACUCCGGAUCCAGUGCCCGAGAGGAAGAGAACAGCGCCCAUUAACCCUGCAUACACCAUCCGAAAGUCCCGAGCUACCAGCAGCGUGCACCUGAGACCGUGCAGGGAGAGGGUGAUCCACCUGCUGGCCCUGAAGGACUACAGGAAACCCGAACUGCUCAUUCGCCUUCAGAAAGACGGCGUCACCGAAAACGACGUCAGCUCGCUUGGAGACCUUCUGCAGCAAGUGGCCAAUGUGAACCCUCAGACUUCUUCAUACACCCUCAAAGAUGACGUUUUCCAGGAGCUCCAGAAAGACUGGCCUGGCUAUAGCGAGCUAGAAAGGCAGUCCCUGGAGCUGGUGCUCUCCCGCAGAGUACAGGGGCUGCAGAGUGCCGCAGGUGCCAAGGGCCCAGAAGCUUCUAUGUGUCCCCAAGCCGAUGCAGUGGCCUCCCAGGAGCACCUGUUCACCGUGGCCACUGUGCACUUGGCGAGGAGGAAGAUCCGAAUAUCUCGCCUGGCGCAGGCCCCGGCCACGCAGGGAACCCUAGGUGGCCGCGGGAACGACCCCGCUCCGUCGCCGCGUUCCGAAGCCGCCGCCGCGGCCCCCGCCCCGGCCCCGGCCCCGGCCCCACCGGCGCCCUCGCCGCGCCUCGCAGGGUCACAGCCGCCCGGGCCGGCGACACCCAGCAGCAGCGGCAGAGCCUGCAGCGCCGCCGCAAGACCCGCGCCCCGAAACGCGCGCGGCCACCGGACUCUCAUAUCUAAGAUCUUCGGGAGCCGCCGCGGGAGACAGGUCGCCGUGAAGACGUUCCCCUCUCUUUCCAUUCAGUUGACCUACCCAGAGCGCAUGCAGGGGAGCCAGGCGACGACGCAGGACCACCAGAGUGACGGGCCGCGGGGACAGGUCAGCGAGCCCAGGGGCCAAGGCCGCGCAGGUGAGCACUGGGGCUGCAGCGCUCCCGCGGGGGCCCAGGCGGUGCCCGAGGUCCCCGGGUACCUGGCCACCUAUGUCACCAUCGUCUCCCCCGAGCAGCGUCAGCGCUACGAGCAGGACUUCCGAGCAGAGUACGAUGACUACCAGGCCUUGUACAACAAGAUGCUGUCUCUGUCCAGCAUCUUUAUUGACCUAGAUACGCAGAGGAAGCGCUUUCCUCCAGAGUCGAAAGAGUACCAGGAGAUCAACGAAACAAUCUCGCUAGAAUACCAGAAGAUGAAGCAGAGGAAUCCGAACUAUUGCGCAGAAAAACAAAAGUGCCAGGAUCUUUAUGACAAGCUGGUCCACAUCAAAAGAUUGGUGAAUGAGUAUGACCAGAAGCACAGAGGAUCACAGCACUAG